AUGCAAGUUCGAGGUGUUAUACUUGUUACAGUAGCUCUAGUUUUGGGUAUUGCUGCAUUAUGUCUUCAUUUAAUAGCUCUUUGUUCACCCAAUUGGAAAAUAACAGUACGAGAUGCUGAACCAAGAAUGGUGCCUGUUAGUUAUGGUCUUUGGGAACGAUGUGAAUAUCAAAAUACUACAAUAAAUAAACAAGGUAUGGCACUUGGCACUCGGCUAAACGUUCUAACAUGUUGGCCAAAUCUGUAUAUGAGAUAUUCACCGGAAAACUUCGUUCCAUGCUACAGUAUUCGUCGGACUUGUCCAGUUGUAGAGAAAAAAAACCUACCUGAAGGAUGUUCAUGCCGUUAUCUACCAUCAACUAAAGUUGUACAAUGGUUAACAAUUAUAGCAGCCAUUUUUCUUGUUCUUGGUUUAAUUUUACUUUAUUUAAAAGUAAUAGCAUCGCCACAAAAUGAUAGUGCACUUCUUGUACUUGGUUAUGGACCAUUCAUUUGUUUUCUAUUAGCAUUAAUUUUAAUGGCAACAGGAUUGAUUCUGAUAUGUGCAUAUUUUCGACGCGAUGCAUAUGAGGAUUAUUCAUUUCCAUUAAAAAGUAUGCCAAUCGCCGAGAAAGAAGGAAAAACGUUUGAUUUGCAUAGUCUGCGUAAUUAUGCAAAGCAUCAUGAAUCAACAAUUAAGCAUGAACAUUAUGUUGAAGCUGUAAAAGAAUUAAUACAGGAAUCAAAAACACAUUAUCAUACAAAAAUUGGAUGGGCUACUAUUUAUGAAAUAUUUGCAACGGCAUUGAUUCUCAUUAUUACUGCAUUGUCAUUUUGGCUUGCUAAAACAUCAAGAUUAGAAGAUAUUUAA